GGGCCCGGGCGGAUGUCUCCAGUGCGUCCGUGCAGGGGGUUGAGGGCCGCGGUGGCCGCCAGCAUGGGGUUGAGUGAGGGGCCUGCGGCCUCCACCCGGAGCGACCGCCUCCUCCGCCCGCCGAGUCCCGCUCCGGCGGCGCCAGGAGCUCGGCUGUUGCGGCUCCCAGGGAGUGGGGCCGUGCAGGCUGCAAGCCCCGAGCGCGCCGGCUGGACCGAGGCGCUGCGGGUCGCCGUGGCCGAGCUGCGCGCCGGCGCCGUGGUGGCCGUCCCCACCGAUACGCUGUACGGCCUGGCCUGCUCAGCGAGCUGCUCAGCGGCACUGGAUGCUGUGUACCGCCUCAAGGGCCGCAGCGAGGCUAAGCCGCUGGCCGUUUGCCUGGGCCGCGUGGCCGACGUCUACAGGUAUUGCCAUGUGAGAGUACCCGAGGGGCUCCUGAAAGACCUGUUGCCAGGACCAGUGACCCUGGUGAUGGAACGCUCAGAGGAGCUCAACAAGGACCUGAACCCCUUUACUCCUCUUGUAGGCAUCCGGAUUCCUGACCAUGCCUUCAUGCAGGACUUGGCCCAGAUGUUUGGGGGACCUCUUGCUCUCACCAGCGCCAACCUCAGCUCCCAGGCCAGUUCUCUGAAUGUCAAGGAGUUUCAAGACCUCUGGCCUCAGUUAUCUCUGGUCAUUGAUGGAGGACCAAUUGGGGAUGGCGAGAGCCCUGAGUGUCGCCUUGGCUCAACUGUGGUUGACUUAUCUGUGCCUGGAAAGUUUGGCAUCAUUCGUCCAGGCUGUGCCCUGGAAAGUACUACAGCCAUCCUCCAACAGAAGUAUGGGCUGCUCCCCUCACGUGGAUCCUGCUCGUGAAACUAGGGAGGAGGGAGGACCCAAGGACUGGUGCUGGAUACUAUGUGUCUGUUUGUGGGUGGCUGGCAAGGCUUCAUUUGUAGAGGCCCUUGAGCUGUGUCACUAGCCUGACCCAUUAAGCAACGUGUCUUUCUAAACACCGUAGACCAGGUCUCAGAAGCUGCUGGUUUAUCUUUGCACCUGGAGGAAAAGUUAUAUUUGUUAUCUGUUUUAUGAUAGUUUCAUGUAUCAGCCAAAAGGUGGGCAGAGAGGUUAAGAACAUUCCUAAGGUGACCUUAUUCUGAUAAGUUUUCUUCUCCUCUCUCCCUCUCUCUCUCCCCUCCCCCUCCCUCACCACUCUCUCUCCCUUCUCUUCCCCCUCUCUCCUUCCCUCCCUCUCCCCUUAUCUCUCUUUUCCUCCCUCCCUCCCUCCC